AUGCUAGCUGACGACCUGAAACUCAGCAGUGAUGAGGAUGAUGGUGACAAGGGCCACCAGCAGACAGCAUCCUGGACUGAUAAUAGCCGCGAGUCGGACGACAGCACCAGCGGAGGCGGCAGCCAGCGCUCGCGCAGCCCCAGCCCAGAGACCCUCUCCCAGCCCGGGACGCCCCGCGCCACCAGGCCCCUCGCCUACGCCAAGGAGACGGCCGACGCGUCCGACACCCAGUGGCAGCUGGACAAGUGGCUGGAGAAGGUCCAGCGGAAGCAAGACUCCGCAGAAGAACACGAGCCGGGCAGGAGACGAGCCGCCACCGCCGCCGCAGGUCGCCACCGAUCCCCCGCGUCGGACUCCGAGCGCGGGCCGUCCCCGGCCAGAUCGUGGGGACACGACUACAGCCCGGGCCAGAGCCCCGCUCCCAGCCCCAAGUUCGACUACAGCCCCAGGCACAGCCCUCAGGCCAGCCCGGCCUACAGCCCGUGCCCUAGUCCAGGACGCCACAGCCCGCCUGCCCCCCCCAGUCCAGUGCCCAGCGAGUGUCUGAGCCCCAGUCCCAUACGCACGCACGUUCCUCCCAGGAGCCCCAGUCCGAGUCUCCCUCCUGCCUGUCCACUGACCUCGGGUCCUGGGCAGUAUCCUCCCCAGCCUCCCCCCCAGACCCAUCAGCAGGAGCUCCAGAUCCACAGGCCACCUGUUCAAACCUCCAGCCCUGUUCACAAGCCCAGGAUCCGGCCCUGGGUCCCUCCCCUGCACCACCAGCAGCAGCAGCAGCAGCAAUAUCAGCAGCAUCCACCAGCUGAGCCCGCCAAUAACAGGUCCUGGAUCAGCCCCAGCAACCAGCUGCAUUCUCAUCACGGCUCCACCAACGCCAACACCAACACCUCUACAACCACCAUUACAUCCAUUGCCACCAAAGCCUCACAUAAGCAUUUUGCGAAGGCUAAGGACCUGGGCGUGGACGUCGGGACGAAUCGUAGGCCCAGCCCUGCUCCACACAGCAGCAGCCCCAGGAUUCAGAAUCCGCAGGCCGGCAUCAGAGCCAGCUCAGGGGAGAAGGUCAGAGCCAAGCACUCAGCCUCCACGGAGAGGGAUCACAGACAAAACGAUCACAAAGCCACCGGCGACAGGAGCCGUAACAGAGAUCACAGGUCUGGUGAUUCUGUCUACCAGAAAGUCAGUGAAAAUAGCCACAAAACUACCAGUGAGCAUAACCACAAAGCUAAUGCUAGUGAGCUAAGUCAGAAAUUGAGCGAACAUAGCCAGAAGUUUAGCGACCAUAACCAAAGAUUUAGUGACCACAGCCAAAAAUUUAGCGAGCAUACCCACAAAUCCAGCGAUCGCGUUCAGAAAUCCAGCAACUCUCAACCCCACAAACCCAACGACCACAACCACAGACCCAGCAACCACAACCACAAACCCAGCGACCGUAAUCACAAGCUCGGCGACCCCAGGCUAGGCCACGGCCACAGGGCCGAGCACAACCCCAAACACCUGCCGCAUCCUCCUCGCUCCGUGCCGGGGUCGAGCCGCAGCCCCACCCCUAAAGCCAGGCGCUCGUCAUCGUCCUCUGCGGAGCGCGGCGCCAAGGCCCACGCUAGCGGCAGGACCGGCUCCAGCUCCAGCUCCAGGCCUGUGCCUGAGCCUGCCCCCUCUGCCCACCGCUUGGCCCCCAAGCACUGCCCUAGCCCCAGCCUCAAGCCACAGGCCAAGGGCAGGGAGGUGCCACCGGUGCCUCUUCAAGCGGCCAGUACUAGGGGCACAGGGAGGGAGGCCAGGCCCAGGGAGAGGGAGCAGGAGGUGGCCAGGCGUGGAGAGGCUCGUCCAGGACACCACCAGCCCCACCAGCACCAGCACCAGCAGCAGGAGGAGGAGCAGCAGGCGGAGGAGGUUGCGAAGGGACGGAGGAGACUGGCGGAGGAGCAGCUACUGAGACGCCGCUGGGUGCAGAAAGGAGGAGGAGGAGGAGGAGGGGAGCACAACGGCGAAUGGCUGGCCGUGCAGCCCAAGCAGAGACCGCACACCAAUAGUGCCCACCGACGACACCCCAAUCACCAACACCCGCCGCCCAAUCAGGACGAAGGCUUCGCUGAGGAGCCGGAGCAGAGGAAGAAGAAGAAGAGGAGGAGGGAGAGAGACGAAGAGUCCCAAACGCACCCCCAGGACCCCGUGGGGCGCUGCUCUCCUCCUCCACCGUCGCGCUCGCACUCGCCCACUCCCGUCAUCCUGUCCUCGGCGUCUUCCUCGUCCUCCUCGUCCUCCUCGUCCUCCUCUUCCUCCUCCGCGUCCUCUUCCUCGGACUCGGGCGGCGAGCUCGCCGCUCCGCCGGUCGGGAACGUCGCCAAGGUCCGCGCGGACUCCACGUCGCGGCAGCGCGCCGCGGCCAAGAGGGGCCGCCACCGGGCAGGCCGAUCGUCCGGCGAGCAGCGGCCCGCCGUGGUCCACCCCGGUCGGCCGAGCGCCGACGUCCCGGCCGAGGGGCUUCACAGUCGGGGCCAGCACAAGCUCUACACCCUGGUGCCGUUCGGACGCACCGAGAAAAGCUCCUCGGUGUCCAGCCGCGGCCUGAAGAACCUCCUGGUGAGGAUCGACCUCUCGCUCCUCUCCAGGGUUCCGAGCACCACAGCAGCGACAGCAGCGACAGCAGCAACAGGAGCAGCGGCGGCGGUUGUGGAGGCCGCUCCACAGCGGAGAACCUCCUCCUCUUCAUCCUCAUCUUCCUCGUCCGCUAAAGCCAAAGACAAAGCAGCCAUGCGGCACCUGUACCACCCUGAGCAGGAGCCCGGAGACAGCCGGAGGAAGCGCAAGGCUGAAAAUGGAGUUGGCCACAGGGACAGCAAGAGGAGCCACACACACACUGACCCCCUCCCGGCCCCCCCGCCCAGCGCAGCCAGCCGAGACCACACGGUCCCGGCGUACCACAGCUACAGAGCCAACGGAUACUCAGAGGAUUACCUGGACUCUCAGAAAAGGCCUCUCUCCCCCCUCUCCCCUCUCUCUGACACUCCGGAGCCAGUCAAGGCCUCCAUAAAAGCCCAGGACAGUGACCAGUACUACCCAGACAUGACAAGCCACAAAGGCCAGAUGCACAGGGCCCAGACCAAGGUGGAGACGGAGUGUGUGGGAGUUUCUGGCCACCCUCAAGGCUCCUGUGAGACCUGGCCCUCUGGGGUCAACCCAGCCCUCCGCCACAGAGGAACUGUGCCCUAUACUGAUGUCUCUCAGCAUGCUGAAUACUACAUGCAUGAGGCCAAGAGGAUGAAGCACAGAGCUGAUGCCAUGGUGGAAAAGCUGGGUAAGGCAGUGAACUAUGUGGACGCUGCUCUGUCUUUCAUGGAGUGUGGCAAAGCCAUGGAGGAAGGACCUCUGGAGUCCAAAUCUCCUUAUGCCAUGUAUGCUGAGACAGUGGAUCUCAUACGGUAUGCCAUGAGGUUGAAGAGCCACUCUGGUCCAGGUGCAACUCAGGAGGACAAGCAGCUGGCUGUACUCUGUUUCCGUUGCCUUGCUCUACUGUACUGGCAGAUGUUCAGGCUAAAGAAGGACCACGCCCUGAAAUACUCCAAAGCUUUGCUCGACUACUUCAAGAGUUCUCCCAAGGUCCCUCACAACCCAUCCGCAGGAAGCGAUUCUGUAAAGGGCUCUAUGCUUCCCUCCCCAACUCGAGCCCCUCUGGGAAGCCAUGCUGGCAGCUCCACCUCUCCAUUCGUCACCAUUCCCCAGCGCAUCCACCAGAUGGCAGCAAACCACCUCAACAUCACUAAUAGUGUGCUGUACAGCUACGAGUACUGGGAAGUGGCUGACAGCCUGGCCAAGGAAAACAAGGAGUUCUUCAACUACCUGAACAACCUCACCGGCCCCUUGACUCUUCAUAGCAGUAUGGCCCACAUUGUUCAGUACACUCGCCAAGGACUACAGUGGAUACGCAUCAGUGCUAACCUGUCCUAGCAUCACAUCCUCCUCUCUCUCUCUCUCUCUCUCUCUCUCUCUCUCUCUCUCUCUCUCUCUCUCUCUCUCUCUCUCUCUCUCUCUCAGUCCAAGAAUUCUGCCUUGAGGAUGCCCAAGAACUCAGUCUUUUAUCCAAUGCCAAAUGAUACAUCAGUCCCAGACAGGGAACAGUCUUGGGAGUCUGUCCCACUGGCCAGCCUGAGACUGUGCUUCACAGCCAAAAACAUUUUUUUUAGUAUCCUUCGCUUGUUCCAAAACAACUGUUUUUGCCUCUGUCUAAUCUGCACUUAUCACCAAAGGGGUCCUUGCAUCCUAUGAAGUCGACGAGGCCAGUCCUUAAACCUCCUUGUUUCAAAGUCUGCAAUCUGUCUGGACUUGGAGCCAAGGCCAUGGAGCUCCCUGCCAAAGCGUGUCCCUGUGUGGACUCUCUCUCUCUCUCCACCCUCCUCUCUCUCAUCGGUCUCCCACAUUUGCUCAAGAACACCUAAAUCAGGAUCACACAGCUUAAGUCACACACUCCACUGCACGCCUAGUCAACCAAGGGCCCUUACAAGGAACUGUUGCCUUUUCUGGAUCCCUUUAGCAUCUGAGGGCAAAAUAGCACUGUGUAUUACACGCCUAACUAAUUUUCAGGGAUUACUGUUUACUGUUCUCAAAGUGUGAGGAGGAAAAAGGGACUGGGUGUCUAUGACUGCAGCACCUCCCUCAAAGUAAGAUGGCGGAACGUCAUCGGAGCAGCAUGGUAAAGCAGCCGUUUCCUUGUUGAAGAACAGUGCACCAGGAAGAAGCCAGCUGUUCCUCAUGUAGCCCUGUACAGAGGCACAGAGGCUGUAAACUGCAAGGAUGCAGUUUUUAUUUGACUAUGUGUCCAAUGCUUUGCCAAAUGUGCCACAUAUUGUUUGUAAACACGUGGUGAAAACUCUUAUACAAUGUGAGGAUAUUCAUGUCUGAGGAUGUCUCUUCCUUCUACAUGUGGUGUGGCAUAUGUUUGUUGUUAACACACUUCUGUAGUUGCCCGUGUAAAGAGGAAAUUAGGGUUAUACACACAGUGCUCUGAAGUAACCUAACAGUCACACCGGUGGUUUCCAAUCCAAGUGCAGUUAUCAAUAAGACAAUGAGAAGUUUGAAUGUGAAUAAUUUGUUUUUGUUUUCUACAUCUUUGAUUUUUGUACACGUUUUUGUUGUGCAAUAUGUCAGGUUUUGUAUUUGUCAAGACAAAUAAAAUGUCACAGAUUGCCUGUAGCUACAAUUGGUAUUUUCUUCUUGAGUAGUCCGCAUUCAUUUGUUUUUCCAUCUAUGCAAAGACUAUUUAUAGAAUUGUAAUACGUUGUUAUUAAAAGUUUUUUUUUUCA